AUGGCGGACCUUGUCGACCACUCCCCCCACCAUGCCACGAAAGCAGCCAAACUGGCCAGCGCAUCCAACGUGAUUUUGAUCGACAAUUACGACUCAUUUACCUGGAACGUCUACCAGUACCUCGUGCUUGAAGGUGCUACCGUCACAGUCUACCGUAACGACGAAGUCACUGUUGAGGACUUGGUCGCAAAGAAGCCUACUCAACUAGUUAUCAGUCCUGGCCCCGGCCACCCCGAGACCGAUGCAGGAGUCAGUAACGCCGCAAUCCAAUAUUUCAGCGGAAAGAUUCCGAUAUUUGGUGUGUGUAUGGGCCAGCAAUGUAUGAUCACCUCGUUUGGUGGUAAGGUGGAUGUGACUGGCGAAAUUCUGCACGGAAAGACAUCAGAGUUGAAGCAUGACUCCAAGGGUGUAUACCAAGGAUUGCCAACCUCACUGGAGGUUACCCGGUACCAUUCGCUGGCCGGAACACACUCGACUAUCCCAGAUUGCUUGGAAGUGACCUCGCGGGUCCAGCUGGGGGACGGCAGUGGGAAGAACAUCAUUAUGGGUGUUAGACACAAGGAGUUCGCAGUGGAGGGUGUUCAGUUCCACCCUGAGAGUAUUUUGACGCAAUACGGGCGCAAGAUGUUCAGAAACUUCUUGGAGCUCACUGCUGGGACCUGGGAUAACAAGCAGGGAGCAGCAGCAGCCGCACCGGCAAAGAAGCUGUCCAUUUUGGACAAGAUCUACGCCCAUCGCAAAAAUGCGGUUGACGAGCAGAAGAAGAUUUCGGCUCUGCGACCAGAGGCUCUUCAAGCCGCAUAUGAUCUGAACAUUGCGCCUCCUCAAUUGUCAUUCCCUGAGCGCCUGAGACAAUCAGAAUAUCCUCUGUCACUCAUGGCGGAGAUCAAGCGUGCAUCUCCCUCAAAGGGCAUCAUCUCGGCCGACGUGUGUGCUCCUGCUCAAGCACGGGAGUACGCCAAAGUUGGCGCUAGCGUCAUUUCUGUCCUCACAGAGCCGGAGUGGUUCAAGGGCACCAUAGAUGACCUACGGGCUGUUCGUCAGAGUCUGGAGGGACUCACCAACCGACCCGCUGUCCUCCGAAAGGAGUUCGUCUUUGAUGAGUAUCAAAUCCUGGAGGCACGUUUGGCUGGAGCUGACACAGUUCUAUUGAUUGUGAAGAUGCUGGACAUUGAGUUGUUGACUAGACUGUAUCAUUACUCGCGCAGUCUCGGCAUGGAGCCUCUGGUCGAAGUCAACACACCCGAAGAGAUGAAGAUUGCAGUUGACCUGGGUUCUGAAGUCAUCGGUGUCAACAACCGAGACCUGACGAGCUUCGAGGUCGAUCUCGGAACUACUAGUCGCCUAAUGGAUCAAGUCCCCGAGAGCACAAUUGUGUGUGCCCUUAGUGGAAUCUUGGGGCCCCAAGAUGUGGAAGCUUAUAAGAAAGAAGGUGUUAAGGCCAUUCUUGUUGGAGAGGCGCUCAUGAGGGCACCUGAUACCUCUGCCUUUGUGGCACAGCUCCUCGGCGUUUCUAAUGAAGACUCUGCGGGUGCAUCAUCAGGUUCUCCAUUGGUGAAGAUUUGUGGAACUCGGACCGAAGAAGGAGCUCUGGCUGCUAUUCAAGCUGGCGCAGAUUUGAUUGGCAUCAUCAUGGUUCAGGGCCGCUCACGACUUGUCCCAGAUGAUGUGGCCCUCGGCAUUUCCCGGGUGGUCAAGUCAACCCCUCGUCCGGCUGGUACAUUGCAGCAGUCGACAAACGCUACAUCAUUGGAAUGGUUCGAUCACUCUACUAAUAUCUUGCGUCACCCUUCCCGUGCUUUGCUCGUGGGCGUAUUCAUGAACCAGCCGCUAUCAUAUGUCAUUUCUCAACAACAAAAGCUGGGUCUCGAUGUUGUGCAACUGCAUGGAUCCGAGCCAUUGGAGUGGUCUGGUUUGAUUCCAGUUCCUGUCAUUCGCAAAUUCGCCCCUGGUGACAUUGGCAUUUCUCGCAGAGCAUACCACACUCUUCCAUUGCUGGACUCUGGGGCCGGAGGCUCUGGAGAGCUUCUGGAGGAGAGCGGUGUCAAGAAGGUCCUCGAUAGUGAUGAGGGAUUGAGGGUAAUCCUGGCUGGAGGAUUAAACCCGGACAACGUGGUCGACACGGUGAAAAAACUGGGCGAGUCUGGCCAAAAAGUCGUCGGAUUAGAUGUCAGCUCAGGCGUAGAAACAAAUGGUGCUCAGGACUUGGAGAAAAUUCGAGCCUUUGUGAAGUCUGCCAAAAGCAUUCGGCAAUGA